AAACAAUCCUACGAGUGUCAGUGACAAACAGUGCCCAAAUCAGAAAACUCUUCUCUUGAAGGCGGGAAAAGGAAUCGGGAAAUAUUUUAUGCAGAAACCUCCACUCCUCCCAAGAUUUAGGGCAAAAUUUCCCAAUUUAGCGGAGUAUUGUAUACUGUCGUGCCGGCUUAUUUUAGCACCGUCAAAAUUCUCCACCCAUAGCACCGGCAAUUUCAGAUUUCAGAACAAGGAAAAUCGAAUAAAAUAAAAUAAAAAUAAAAAUAAAAUCAACAAACGCAAUCCCUAAAAUUCCUGUCGUCGGAUUUCAGAAUUAAUAGUCAGCAAUGGCGGUUGAAGCAUCUGUAGGUAGCUCAAUAGCGUCUCCGUCGGCAAAGCGAGUAAAAUCAACCGGAAAAUCGGCUGUCGGUAGCCCAGUUAGUGAAUCUGGUGACGGGGUGAACUGCCAUCAGUGUCGUCGAAAAACCAGGGAUAUCACAGCAGCGUGCAAGAAUCACAGGAAGAAUAAACCAUGUUUGGUAAAGAUAUGUAGCAAAUGCCUAUUGAACAGGUACGGUGAGAAGGUGGAGGAAGUAGCUAGUGUUGAGGAAUGGAUUUGCCCGAAAUGCAGGGGCAUUUGCAACUGCAGUGUGUGCAUGAAGAGAAGAGGUCAUCAGCCAACUGGUGUACUUAUCAAUACUGCAAAGGCAACUGGAUACUCUUCCGUCUCCGAGAUGCUGAUUUCUGAGCGUUUACAUCAUGAAAAUGUUGGUAUUGCCACGAAUGCAUCUCUGGAAAAUGAAGUUGUAUUUUCCGCCAGAAAGAGAGGGAAGGAAAAUUCUAAUGAUGGACAAUUAGGUGCUCAUUCAAAGAAAACGAAACGUUGUAAAUCGGCUAAAACCAGCCACAUUGUGCUGCCACUGGGAACAGACUUGACCAGUGUGGCUGGAAUUGAUGUACCUGCAGAAGAUGUUGGCAGUGCUUUGGAGUUCUUAGAAUUCUGUUCUGUUUUUGGAGAGAUCCUAGAAAUGAAAAAUGGGGAAGCAAAAUAUGUCCUUCAAGAUCUAUUACAUGGACGAACUGCAAAGCGAGGAAGAUUAUGUCCGGUUGUCCUGUUUCAUAUGCACCUGUUAUCAAUAAUUAAAAUGGAACAGGGAGAGAAAUUUGCAAAAUUAAAACCAAGCUCAUGGUUUGACACGCUGAAGAAAUGCUUGGCUGAAUCUCAACGUGUUCUUAAAGCAUUGGGGAUGGAUUAUUUAGAGAAGGCUGCUGAUUAUGAUGCUUUAAAUGCUUCAGAAAAGCUUAGGGCCUUAAAUCUGCUAUGCAUUCAUGUUCUUGGAACGAAAAAGCUAAGAAAUUGGAUAGAAGACCAAAACAAACAAUUUGAGCAGAAGACAAAGGAAGCUAAAUCAAAGGUUUUUGAUGCUACAGACAAGACUUCGCAGCUGAAAAUAAAAGGUGACAUUGCCAAAGCAAUUGAUGCUAGGGAUGGGGAGCGGGAAGCUCGUGCAAGGCUGCUCGAGUCAGAGGCGAUGCUUUUGAAGACUGAUGCUAUGAGAAUAGAGCCCAUCUUCAUGGAGUGCAGUGGUCAUAUGUAUUGGAAAUUGAAUUGUGCUGAUGAAUCUGAUGUACUGCAUCAAUAUGUUGGGAAAGGGGAUACUCUUACCUUAAACGAAAAAUGGUUUGCUCUCAGUGCUGAAGAAAAAGAAGUAAUUGAGAAGAAUAUUAGUACAAGGACAACUUAUACACAAGAUGGAUGCUGGCACUCGUGAAUCUUAAAGAAGGGGCCAGUAGUAACUCUCACAAACAUGCUAACCGGAUGCUGACGUUUGGCUUCUCAUAGGCUCAUAUCUACACCAGUAAUCACUUGUUUAGAACAUUCUCUCUUAUUUUUGUAUUGUAGUCCUCGGAAAAAAUCCUUUUAUUUUAUGCAGUCAACUUUACAUUCCUUGAUUACCUUUGCCACUCUAUAUAUAUUAUCAAUAUUUUAAA